UUCUACGGUAUACCGAUGACGGUAAUAUUUGCGAUGUACGUAAUGAUAGCUAUCAAAUUGAAGUCUAACAAAGCUGAAUCUCGGCCUAAUCUAGCUUAUGGGAAACAAAACAGAAAUAAAGCCGUCAAAAUGUUGGCUGCUGUAGCUGCCUCAUUCAUCAUUUGCUGGUCUCCAUACACAGUUCUGCGCAUAAUGAUACUAAUUCCAAAUCUUAGUUAUCACGAGCACUACAAUCUAUGGCGAGUUUUUAUAUAUUUGAGCUCAAUAAACAGCUACAUGUCAGCUGCUGUUAAUCCGAUACUAUACGGUCUGAUGUCUCGAAGAUUUCGCCGAGCUUUUAAGGAUUUACUCCAAGGAAAGAAAGUGUUGAACCGGAACAAUUUAAGUACCCAAGUUCAAACUGCGAAGCACCGAACUCCAGAGUAAACUAAAAAUAAUUAGUCGUUAAGCACCCUUAAUUUAAAUCGUUUAGUUAAGAAGAGAUUGUUAAAUAAUAAACUUAAAAUUAUAUUCAGCAAAAAUAUAUAUAAACAUCU